AUGAUGCCUGCAGACAAACCCUGGAUGCUUUUCGUUCUGCCCCAUGCGCGAGGCAACACUACUACCCCCAACUCCUACUUGGCCCCUCCUUUGAAACAUUGCAACCAAACAGAAAUGGGAAACCUCUCCUACAAAAUCCUAGGUCGUUCCCUUCCCCCAUGGGCUAGCCGCUACACCAAGGGGCCAAGACCUGACAAUUUGGAGACUGCCAAGACGUCUAAGAGGUGCUUCGACAACGGGGGAGAGCCCCCCCGGAAUGAUUUUACUGUACCAUGUUUCUUUUUGAACUAG